CAAAAUGAGCGCAGUGACUGAUCGCCUCGAGGUUUCUCCGUGCUGUUAUUCAUAUUUAUAUGAAACUUUAAUCAUCUCCAGGGAAGCCUGCAGUCUCCGCUGCAGCACAGAGCCAUGAGACACGAGAAGACACAGACAGAGAGGUGACGCAGAGGCUUGUUUACCUGACUUUGGAGCCAGGAGUUGACCUGUGGAGCUCCAGUGUGUUUCUCUCCGCCGACUACGACUGUCAGCUGUUCGACUCUUCCCGCCGCGGACUCGUUGACCCGUCUCCUCUCAGGGCUCCUAACCGGGCUAUGCACCCGCCAUGGUCGACUUAAACGGCGGUUGGAACCUGUCUUUCGCCGGGUGCGGAUUUCUGGGAAUUUAUCACAUCGGAGUUGCCAGCUGUCUGCUGGAGAAAGCGCCAUACCUCAUUAAAGGGGCCACCAAGCUGUACGGGGCUUCUGCCGGCGCUCUCACCGCCUCGGUGCUCGCCAGCCAGGCGUCCAUAACUAAAUGUUGCCAGGAUGUGAUCGAGGUGGCAAAAGAGGCCAGGAAGAGGAACCUUGGCCCACUUCACCCCACCUUCAACCUGGUCAAGGUGAUAAAGACGGGCCUGGAUCGUGACCUGCCCUCUGACGCACACGUCCAGGCCUCGGGGCGGCUCUGUGUCUCGCUGACCAGAGUGUCUGACGGGGAAAACGUGCUGGUGUCUGAGUUCAGCUCCAAAGAAGAGCUGAUCCAGGCGCUGAUCUGUAGCUGCUUCAUCCCCAUCUACUGCGGCCUGAUUCCUCCUUCCUUUAGAGGAGUGCGUUAUGUGGACGGCGGGAUCAGCAACAACCUGCCGGAGUCGGAGCUCAAGAACACCAUCACCAUCUCUCCUUUCUCUGGAGAGUGUGACAUCUGUCCCCGUGACAACUCCACCAGCUUCCACGAGCUGCGCUUCACCAACACCAGCAUCCAGAUGAACCUGGGCAACAUGUACCGCCUCAGCAGGGCCCUCUUCCCUCCAGAACCCAAGGUCCUGGCUGAGAUGUGUCAGAGCGGUUAUAAGGAUGCUCUACGCUUCCUUGAAGAAAACAACCUGUUGAUGCAGGAGCAUCCAACCACAGGCCUAACACUGCAAGAGAGCCCGCCCACCUGCUGCUGCAACCACACGGAAACCACCAAAGAGUGGGUGCUCCGGAGGCUCCGCCUACUGCGAAAACAACACUGGUGGUUGGAUGAGCAGAUUGUUUUGCCCACACCCAUCAAAAAAGUGUUCUGCGAGGCCUGCCAAGACAAACCUGGCCUGUAUGCCAAGGUUUCUGGGAUGCUGCCAGUAAGAGUGGCCUCCUAUAUGCUCAUGCCAUACACACUUCCUGUCCAGUCGGCCUACUCAGUAGCUCAGAGGUUUGUGGAGUGGAUCCCAGAGGUGCCAGCUGAUAUGCGCUGGCUGUUUGGGGUUGCAGGCAACGUGUACCAACAGGCCUGGAGAGGAGGACCAGCCAACUCCAUGAGUGAGCCGUGCCUGAAGAAAAGCCUGACUGCACCGCCUCUAUCUAGAGAGUGUGACAAUCCCAUGCAGAGAGAAAACCUGCCUGCUCUCUCCGCGCUAGACCUCCAUGGCAGCUACUGGGAGAUCCCCACAUCUACCUCUUCUUCCUCUUCCUCAUCCCUCCACCAUCCUCACAUCAUCCCCUCCUCUCCGCAGCAAGUCUGCUUCUUUGUGGGCUCGCAGGAUGAACCUCACAGCCCUACACAGCAAUGAAAGCAUUCAGGACCUGCACUUUAACAAUGAUACUGGAUUGAUGAGCAAUGAUAUGUUAGUGUUUUAAGGAAGCACACAUUUAUCUCAGACUCUGAACACUCCAGAAAGCACCAACUGUGUUAUAUUUUAACAAGUGCUCUGGAAGACAGUGUUGCACUUCACUCAGGAUCAUGGAUGUGUUUUAUGACCUGUUUUUAUGUACAGCACAGAAAUGUGUCAAGUUUUUAUAGAAACUACAACCCUG